AUGGCGGCUACUUCUCAACCUUUGAUUGUUCAAGAUUCUGUUCGUCAUUCUUCCGAUCAUUAUGAGAAUCCGUAUUACUUGCAUAACAACAAUCAUGCUGGAUUGAUUCUGGUUACGGAUCCUUUGACGACUGCUUCGGAUUUUCAUUCUUGGAGGAGAUCAGUUCAAAUGGCUUUGAACGUCCGUAACAAGCUCGGCUUCAAUGAUGGUACUAUCACUAAACCUUCUUCUACACAUAGAGAUUAUGGUGCUUGGUCUCGGUGCAAUGAUAUUGUAGCGACUUGGUUGAUGAAUUCGGUUUCCAAGAAGAUAGGUCAGAGCUUGUUGUUCAUUUCUACGGCUGAAGGGAUAUGGAAGAAUCUGAUUUCUAGGUUUAAGCAAGGUGAUGCUCCUAGAGUUUAUGAUAUAGAACAAAGAUUAAGUAAGAUUGAGCAAGGAUCUAUGGAUAUUUCGACUUACUAUACAGAGCUCGUCACUCUUUGGGAAGAACAUAGAAACUUUGUGGAAUUACCGGUUUGUACUUGUGACAAAUGUGAGUGUGAUGCAGCUGCUAUGUGGGAGAAAUUACAGCAUCUCAGUAUAGUUACAAAUUUUCUGAUGGGCUUGAAUGAGUCGUAUGAACAGACGAGAAGACACAUAUUGAUGCUUAAGCUGAUACCAACAACUGAAGAAGCUUUCAACAUUGUGACUCAAGAUGAAAGGCAACGCUCUAUCCGUCCUAUCACUGCAGUGGAUAAUGUUGCAUUUCAGACUUUGAAUCAUCAAUCUUCGGUUUCCCCGGCUUCUCUUAUGGAGGAUCAAGCAUAUGUUGCAGCGUACAAUGCUAGCAGGGCUUAUCAGAAACCUCUUUGUUCCCAUUGUGGGAAAGUUGGUCAUACGGUUCAAAAGUGUUUCAAGCUUCAUGGUUAUCCUCCAGGAUACAAGACUUAUGGUUCUUCUCAGUCUAAGAAUCAUUCUCAGUCUAAACCUUUUCAAUCUCAAGCAAAAUAUCCUCCCCAAGUAGCUGGUCAAGGAGUUUCUCAGAUGUCUAAUGAUGUUGCCACAGUGUGCAUUGAUAAAGACAUGAGAUCAUAUUCGUCUGCUCCUAGUGUCUCUCCUCAGUUGACUAGUGGUGGAUUAAAUCUCAUUCUACAGAGUUUUAGUCCAGAGCAUAUUCAAAGUCUCAUUGCACAAUCCAAUACUCAUGUUCGAGUUUCAGAGCCUCAAGUUCCUAAUUCAUAUGCCUCACAUUCUCGUGCCACUAUUACAGAACAUGGCGUCAUGUACCCUCAUUCUUCUUCUGGAACUUUCUCGGGGCUUGAUGAUUGGGAAGGGUAG